GCAGUAUGUAUUCAUGUAAUUUGAGACAACGACCACAAGAAGAAGAAUUUGCCCCGUUGAAUCCUCAUGGAAGGUUUAGCUGGGUUGAAUAAAGCGGCUUGAAGAUGGUGCAGCUGCAUGUGAAGCGAGGAGAUGAAAGUCAGUUUCUCUUUAACACCUCUGUGGACGCGACUGUUGAGACUGUGAUCCAACAAAUUACAGCUGUGUACAAUGGGAGACUCAAAGUGGACAGGAUAUGUUCAGAGAUCCCAGAGCUUGCAGACCAUGGCAUCAUACUGCCAACUAAUAUGCAGGGGCUGACGGAGGAGCAGAUUGUGGACCUGAAACUGAAGGACGAAUGGGAAGACACGUGCGUGCCCAGUGGAGGGCCAGUAUUCAAGAUGGAUGAAGUUGGAAGGCGGAACGGACAUGCUCCAAAUGAUAAAAUGAAGCAAGUGUUAAUGAAGACAGUCGAGGAAGCAAAGGCUCUGAUAUCCAAGAAACAAGUCCAAGCUAACGUUUGUGUCACUAAAGAGAUGAUUAAAGAAGCCCUGGAUCAGCUAAGGGGUGCAGUUAUGAUUGUUUAUCCAAUGGGACUGCCCCCUCAUGACCCUAUCAGGAUGGAGUUUGAGAACCAGGAAGACCUUACAGGAACACAGGCAUCCCUGCAGGUGAUCACAGAGGACGAGUGCCAGCUCUGGUGGGCUGCCAAAGAGAUCCAGAGAGGGAAAAAACUGCAGGACUACAUCGGAAAAAAUGAAAAGACCAAACUUGUGGUUAAAAUCCAAAAGAAAGGACAGGGGGCACCAGGGAGAGAACCUCUGGUCAAUGAUGAGCAGCAUAAACAGAUGAUGAUGAAUUUCUACAGGAGGCAGGAAGAGCUAAAGAAACUGGAGGAGGCAGACGAUGACACCUACAUGGACUCAGAGUGGUCGGACAGACAGGCUCUCAAAAAGCAGUUUCAAGGCCUCACCAACAUCAAAUGGGGACCAAGAUAAAGGAAAAGUUAAAUGCUGGUUUUAUUUGAGGUCUUCAAGAGAAUAUAAUGUACAGCCAAGUGUUUAUAUGCCUUGUUUCUCCACUUAUAUCCCAAAAAAUUGUUCUGAAAUCUGAAUAAGUUAUAGGGACAAAUAAUAUGACACAACAGCUAUUACAGAUUUAUUUGAACUUGAAUGGGAUUUCUGUAUUCCUUUACAGAUACUUUUUACUCUUUUUUUAAAACAAAAUGAAAUUGGUGUUCGAUCCUGAGUUACUGUAUUUUUAAGUGUGUUCUAAAAAACAAUAUAAAACAAAUAAACUGUCAAAUGUAGCCUGUGUUUACCCCAUUUUUAUACAUUUUAUGUUAAUGACGUGUUGACAUUCAGUGUAGUCCAGGAGGUAGUGACUCAGCUGGAACACAGUGUAACAUCCAUCGAAGUGCAGGGACAAGGAUGCUACACCUUUCCUCUCUUUGUCUCCAAUCAUUGACACACACGCUCCUCUUAAAGUCAGGAUGUUGCCACAAAGUACUAUGGUUGUUCCAGCUCCUUUUUCCAGCAGGGAUGAGGAAGCUGUAAAGUUCAGAGUGAGAGUUUUUUUUAAAUCACUGGAGGGUUGAAAUGUGAGCACACAUUAACGGAGCCAAUUCAGUAAUUCAGAGGCGCACAGGAACACUUCAUACCAAAAAAACAUCCUGUACGCAAGGACAUGUAGAUCCCAAGAAUAAUAUCACCUUUAAUACAUUCACUUCAGGUGUUUUUUAAAGAGACAUGUAUCAGUUAUGGCAUGAGAAAAUAUUUGCUUGUACCUGGUACAAACCACUGCCAUUUUUUUUUUACCAUAACAAACCAUUACAAACUACAGGGAGCUGGAGAGGAGAGCCAACACAGUGUUUCAUGGUCAAUUUUGAGCUUUAGUAACAGAUACAAUUCCUUCUUACAUUCUUUGGUUUACUGCUGGAGCUGCUUUGUGAUCCAUUGAUGAAUCAGAGGAGCAAUGUUCUUAAAUUUCAUUAAUGUGUCAUCCCCUGGUAGUUCCAAAGGUCGGCUUAUUUCUGAAUGAGUCAGCCACAAAAACAGAUCAUUUAAGUAUAUGGCUAGAUCGCCGUCUGUCCAAAAUCCUUUGAGAGAAAUGAAUAGAUUUUUAGAAUAGCUGUCUUUCCUGCCACUUCCAUUGUGUCGGAUCAAUUUCUUAAAUUCUCUGCUGAACUGUUUACUCAAUCAUAGAUUUAUUGAUGACAGUGUAGCCAACUUACUUCCAGUUAUUUAUUUUUUUUUUACUUCCUGUCAUUCUUCCCAAUAAAAAGAAGCCAGCAGGCUGCUGGGCCUUUUUCCA